CAAGUGAUUCACUAGUGACAGAACACAGAACAGGCUCAGUCAGAUGAGCAAUUCAUUCAAGUGCUUCUUCAAAAGAUGCGUGCCGUGCAAACGUGAUGAUCCUGGUGCCAGAGAGGCAUCGUCAGAGAAUUACCUUAAUCACAGAGUAUCGUUAAGCUGAGACCUGAGGUGUACUGAGCAUCAUGGGUGGAGCAGUUGUUGACAGUGGCAACAGCGGGGUCAAGGCACCUGAUGGAGGAUGGGGUUGGGCUGUCCUCUUCGGCUGCUUCGUCAUUACUGGUUUCUCCUAUGCAUUUCCCAAAGCGGUCAGCGUCUUCUUCAAAGAGCUUAUCCGGGAGUUUGGCGUGGGGUACAGUGACUGCGCUUGGAUCUCCUCCAUUCUUCUUGCAAUGCUUUAUGGCUCAGGGCCUCUGUGCAGCAUCCUAGUGAACCGUUUUGGAUGUCGCCCUGUGAUGAUGGUCGGGGGCCUUUUUGCCUCGCUGGGUAUGAUCAUGGCAUCCUUUGCAACCAGCAUCCUUCACAUCUAUCUCUGCAUAGGAGUCAUAACAGGUUUGGGUCUUUCUCUGAACUUUCAGCCAUCCCUCAUCAUGCUGAACAGAUAUUUCAGUGAGAAAAGGCCCUUGGCCAACGGCCUGGCUGCAGCUGGAAGUCCCGUGGCUCUGUGCUGUUUAUCUCCUCUUGGUCAGAUUCUUCAAUACAAUUAUGGCUGGCGUGGAGGCUUCCUCAUACUGGGAGGGAUUCUACUGAACUGCUGUGCAUGUGGAGCCCUCAUGAGGCCCUUGAAAGCACCAAAAAAAACCAGCGAGGUAUACGAAAAGGAAACGAAAGCCAAACCAAAGGCCAAGCUUCUUGACUUCACAGUCUUCAAAGAUUGCGGCUUUGUGAUUUACACUGUGGCCGCGGCCAUUAUGGUGCUUGGCCUUUUUGUACCUCCUGUGUUUGUGGUCAGCUAUGCCAAGGAACUGGGCAAUGAGGACACCAAGUCUGCCUUGUUGCUCACCAUACUGGGGUUUAUUGACAUCUUCGCCAGGCCCACGUGCGGCAUCAUUGCUGGGCUCAAGUGGGUGAGGCCACGAUGCGUUUACCUCCUUAGUUUUGCUAUGAUCUUCAAUGGAGUCACUGAUCUUGUUGGGUCCAUGUCCAAAGACUAUGCAUCUCUCGUGGUGUUCUGCAUUUUCUUCGGUAUCUCUUAUGGCAUGGUUGGAGCCUUACAGUUUGAAGUGUUGAUGGCCAUUGUGGGAACAGAGAAGUUCUCCAGUGCCAUUGGCUUGGUGCUGUUGGUCGAAGCCAUUGCGGUGUUGGUGGGACCACCUGGAGCAGGUCGCCUUCUGGAUGCCACAAAGAACUACAUGUACGUCUUCCUGCUGGCUGGGUGUGAAGUGGUCCUCUCUGCCCUUGUGCUCGCCAUCUGUAACUUGCUCUUCAUCAAAAUGAAGCCCCAAGAGCCUGACCCUCCAGCCAAGAUGGAGAUGGCCAUUACCGAGACCGAGGUGGAAGAGCUCAACAAAUCACCAAAGGAUGACCAAGACAAUGAAGGUGCUGCUAGUGAGAACGGGAAGAAAGCUGCCGAACCGCAAGCAACGACGAAAUCUGAUGAUAAAAUGGCUAACGAGUUGGACUCGAUAGAGUUGGAGAACGCUUCCAAAACGGUGACUGAACCAAAUGGUGUGGUAGUUGAACCUGAAUCCUCUCUGUGAAGAUACUAGAACAAUAGAUAUAUGACAGAGCUUCCCUAGGAGGACUCAUGGACGUGUGUUUGAUGUUGUGGUGUAUGCGCUUCGAGUGUGGUUGUGAGGACCGCUUUCAGAGCUUGCUCUGCUUUUUAGAUAAAGCACUUGUAACUGGAUUUUUUGCAAAACACUGCCUUGCAUGCUAACAGAUGUCAGGAUAUGUUCUCAAAGGUUCUUCAAAAAACCGAUUCAGUUAUUUAUGUGGCUCCAAAUCUUUGGUCAGUAUACACUCCACAUCAGAGCAAGGCAUAUACUGAAGAUUACCAGCUUGCUUCUUUGUGGCAUUCAGUGUUUGCUAAUGUGGAUAGUUGGUUUGUAAUAUAUUUUAUCGACGGUUACAUUUUUAAACGGGUCCUGAGAGUUUUAAAGGUUCUAUUCAAAUCCUGAAUUUAAGACCAAUCCAACCAGACUAACCCAUAUGCAUGACAUGCAAAUGAGGAUCUGGUUUAGUCUCUUUAAAUUGGGCAUGUUCUUGAGGAAUGUACAGAAUUCAGAUAAGCUUAUUUUUGUGGAACAUUAAGUAUAUAACUGUUGUAGGACAAAGCGGUUACAUUUUUUUUAAAGUUUUUUUUUUUUGGUAAAGAUUAUCACUAUUUAUAUUAAAGUGUUGAUGUCAGUUGGCACCUGCUCUUAUAUUUAUUCUGUAUUUAUUCAUCGAAAUGUCACUGUUCUUAGACCAACUGCAUCAAUCAGAAGAGGACCACAGUUUUUACUUGAUAUGUUGGUUAUGUAACAUUUAUUUUUAAUUCAUUAACUCGUGCAUUGAUUUUCAGUGGGCUUUUAUGGUGACACAAGAUUUUUGAAAUUGGUGGCGUGGUCAGAGCCCUUUUAAACUUUACCUCGUUUUAUCUUUCACCAGCAUUUGUGAUUAGGGACCCUAAUCACAAAUGUUCAAAGACACUUGAGCUAUUUUUGGUUGUGCCUUAAGUCUUGUAGCAGUACAGAAUUUGUGGAUAGAAAUAAAAACAUCCUUUCCUCUCCACUGCA